AUGCAUAUUUUAGACGAACAAUAUCUCAAAAACACCUACACAAUAAAGGAAGACCAUGGAUAUCCUCAUCAAGAUUAUAAUAAAGCAAAACAUGCAGAGGUGCAAGUUCAGAGACACAGUAGGCCGGCGAGUUACGCCGGAGACGCAGAGUGGCGGCGGCUUAGGGAAUCGCAAUCACGCCCGCCCGCGCACUGCUACGUGAACCGCGUGGCUGACGCGCACGAGCAAACUGCGCAGUACGCCUCCAGCAGUAUGUUAGAUGAGAUAGACAACGCUGUGAACAUAGAUGCUCUAAAGACGCGUUCCUUGCCGGCCUUCUUGCGACCGAAACCGCGUCCGCUCUCCACCGAGGACGACUUGCAACAACUUUAUGCUAAGGUAAGCCUGAGCAAGAAGCACAAGAACCGCAUGCGAAGCGAGCACGCGGCCAUCAUUGCUCUCAGCAAGUCGCACAGCCAGUUCCUCGACGCGGAUGCGGUCAUCGUGUACGAUCAACGCACCGCGCUCUAA